AUGGCUUCUGUCUUUACCAGUGAUAGCAACGGAUCACAGCAGAAACCUCCCGAGCCUUCUCGGCCAAAACGCCCACGCUCAAGUUUAGCGUGCAUUCGAUGUCGGAAAAAGAAGGUCAAGUGCGACUUUGUGCAGCCGACAUGCGGUCGAUGUUCUAUUGCAGGCUUACCAUGUAGUUAUGCUACUCCUCCUCGGAGAGUAGAUGGCCAUGCGUUUGAUCAACUAGGAAAUCAUGUAGAAGAGUUGAAAGACCGGAUGCACAAGAUGCAGAAUGAGCUGACGAUGAUGAAAAACAGCAUCCACCCUUGUCCGGGAACUGGCGGUAUUCGAGCUCCAGACGACGACAUGGGCAGCCCAGGAGGAAGUGGAAGUGGAAGCGGGAGUGGAGGAGGAGGAGGAGGAGGCUCCACAUCUCCUUAUGGGAUGCUAUCUCAUGGCCAGAUAGACUCAAACGCACACAAGGAUUCAAUGGCCGUCAUAGAGCAACAACCUCUUCAGUCUCCAUCUCAACCUGUCACCUGGAAACUAUCUCUCUCACCUUCCGGUCUACGCAUCGACACAAAUAUCGCUAGUGUAGCCGAUCUCUACCGCAUCUUGCUCAAUGGCAUCAGCCAACUCAACAUCAAUAGCGACUCGACGACCCUUUUUAGCACAGACUCCAUCCGUUCAGACGGCACCAAGGCUCGCAACUCCAAAAAUAACCAGUCGCGCAAGGGUCCCCAUGAUACAAACAUAGCCAUGGAUACCACUUCUGAUACGUUGUCAUCCCAAUCUUCUGGAGGAUUAGGAGGGUUUGGGUUAGGUGGCGGUAGUGGCGGUGGCGGUGGCGGAAGACUCUGGGAAGUAGAUGAAAAUGAAGCACGCAAAAUCCUUCAGGAACGUAAGCAGUCGGGUGAUACACUACCCCAGGAGACUAUGGACGAGCUGAUGCGAAGCUGCUACCAUCGUUGUUUUUUGGCAUACCAAAUCGUCGACCGAGACACCUUUACACAAACCUACAGUGCCGUCGGACUCGAGCCACUCUUGGCAAACUCUAUCAAUGCUUGGGUCUCAAAGCACGGAUGCAUUUAUCACAAUGCAGGACCCCAGCACGACCCAUCUACGAUGGGAGAAGCCUACUUUAAGAACGCACGCCAGCUGCUUAAGAAAUGUUUUGAUAUCAGCAGCCCGACCACCAUCCACGCCCUUUUGAACCUUUACAUGUACCAACUGAGCAGCGAACGAUCGAGUCUGGCAUAUCUCUAUAUUGGCUUAGCUAUACGCAUGGCCCAGGACCUCAAGUUUCACAAAAAAGAGCAUAUGCCGGCGGACCUGAAGCAGCGUGAGACCAAUAAGCGCCUCUGGUGGUCUGCAUACUGGCUCGAUCUGUGCGCUGCACUAGAGUCCAACCGCCCAACCAUGGUAGACGACAAGGACUGCGAUCUCGAAUACCCGACCCGGCUUGACUGCGAAGACGACGAGACCGGACACCGGGUCAAUUUCUGCGUCAACUCGAUCAAGCUGAUGAAGAUCCGCAAAGACAUCACCAAGCACCUGCCGUCCGAGCAGUCUGGCCAGUCUCUUCUGUCGGCAAUCUCACGUCUCGAAAACGCAUUGACCCACUGGUUGAAUGAAUUACCCAGCGAUCUGCGUUUAGAACAGGACGACAGUUUCCGAGGAACUGGUUCGUUUAGAGACGAGGCCUGUUUGAUUCUCAAUAUCCAGUACCAGACAACCUGGAUCAUGCUCCACAAGUUCUUUUUGCCCAAACAGGACCAGACCGCCACCCCGGUCGCGCUCCUGUCGCUCAACAUCUGCACCAAGUCAGCCACGUUCAUUACCAAGAUGCUCGACAUCUAUGCUGCAAACUUACCCUGGUGCCAGUUCUUCUAUGCAAUUGACGGUGUUAUUGCGAGUGUGACGAUCCAUCAGGUCAAUGCAGUGUCGAGUGAGCAUGAGGUGGCUCAUCUUGCCCAGCGUAACCUGAUCAUUACUGCAAACGUGCUCAAGAAGUCGCCGCUGAUGUACAUGGACAAGGUUAAUGAGAUCAUCGAAAGCAUCGAAGGAUUUUUGAAGAAGAGCGGAUGCCCGACUGAAUUGAGUGACCUUCCGCCAAUCAAUGAAGAUUCAAUCAAUCAACAAUCGAUUUCAUCUGUGUUCCAUCCUACCGUUUUUGAUAAUAAUAAUAAUAAUAAUGUCAACAACAUCGGCACACCUCAAAGCUACACACGAUCAGAGCCAGACUCACCUUCUAUGAACAGCUAUCAGUCUCGAUUUGGCAGUGUUGGCCCUCAUUCAAUGUCAUCUCCACGCCCUCAAGUAGCUUCGUCAACACCACUUCCAACCGCAGCCGUAACGCCUACGGUUGGGUCUAAUGUUGUUAAUAAUAGUAAUAGUAAUAGUAAUAAUAAUAAUAAUAAUAAUAAUAAUACCAUGCGACAUCCAAAUGGAUCAUCGCAAAUGCCUAUAUUCACUCAUGAAACAUCCGCACACGCCAGCCCUAUCUCCCUUGCACCAUCACCUCAAAGACCUUUCCCAGAUACUAUCAAUCAACAUACACCACCAUCACAACAUCAUGUUUUACAGCAGCAACAACAACAACAACAACAACAUCAUCAUCAUCAUGCUCAGCAUCAUCCUCAACACCAUGCUCAACAACAUCUUCAACAUCAACAUCUCCAACAUCAACACCAUCUUCAACAACACCUUCAACCUCAACACCAUGUUCAAAGUCAUCCUCAUCAACAACAUCCUCAACAACAACAACAUCAUCAUCAGCAUCAUCAACAACAACAACAACAACAAUCUAUGGGACAUAAUACUAGUCCAAUGCCGGUUAGCAAUCAUCCUAAUAUGAUGGUAGACCCCAACAUGUUAUUCAAUGACCCUAGUCUGAUGAACUUUAAUGGAAAUGACAUGAACCACUUGUUGAAUAUGGGAUUCGAUAUAAACAACCCGGGAAUGGACACGAGUCGAAUGGGAACCUCGGCUGGAUUUGGACAACAACAGGCAAUUUUUGGCUCACUCGAUACACCCUUGUUUCACCCAAAUAGCCGGGAACAACAAACAUCAAAUGCAGGAGCGUUCGCUUCGAAUGUGAAUGUCGGUGUCGGUGUCGGCGUUGGUGUCGGCGUUGGUGGUGGUGGUGUUAGUAGUAGUAGUAGUAGUAGUGGAGGAGGAGUCGGCGUUAAUGUUAAUGUUGGUGGCGUUAAUGUUAACGGUGGAGGACAAAGCUUUUCGACUUCUGCAGAUGCUAGUCACUUUUCUUUUGCUAGUCUUGGACCGACUUCUCUGUACGAUCAAACUAAUCCUUCGCAAUCAGGAGUGGUCACAGGGUCUUCUUACCCGGGCACCUUCUUGACAAAUGACUCGUUGUUUGGACUCGGAUCUCCGGAGUCUCUGUCAAAUCAAAGCCAAACACAACCUCCAUCUCAACCACAACAAAAUCAACAACCACAAACUUCACAAGCACAGGCAUCGAUGAUGAGCCAAAAUCCUAAUCAGACAUCACGCCAACCUCAACAAGCACAAGCAUAUCCUUCUUCUGUUGUUACUUCUAUGGCAGUUGGACCAGCAGCACAACAACAACAACAACAACAACAACAACAGCAGCAGGGUCGCCCUGGAUUUGAUACUUCGAAUCUGUUUGAUCAAAUUAAUAUGGAUCCUGCGACAAUGAACGCAUUAUUGCAAUACAACACACCGACACCUGCCUUCCAUGGAUUCCAGUAUUCAAAUACAGUUCAGGGUCCAGCGUAUGGUAAUGGUGGUAAUGGCGGUGGUGGUGGUGGCGGGCCUGAUGGUGAUAUGACGGCUGCCAUGUAUGCAGCAGCGGCCAGUAGGAAAAGAGCACAUCGUGAAUGGGAUGAAUCGGCUUAA